GAAGGAUUAGACAAUGGGGUUUGGAGAAGAGAGAGAUAUAAGGAAAAUCGGCAAUUUCCAUGCAAUUUAAGAGCUUGGUGAAGAAAAUCAGAGAUCGACUUACACUAUAUCAUUGCAGACAGGGCUUUUGAAGAGUGAAGACCCUCAGAGUCUGGAGAUGGACUUUGGUAGAGGGCUUUCGAUUCCUGAAGAGAAAGAUGAAUUUUUCCAGAUUCAGGAAGGUUGGAUUCCGGCAACACCAGGAAAGCCCAUUGCGAUGAGGUUGUUGGAGCCGAACCCGGCUGAGAGACAAGGGAGUCAGGUUGUUGGCCAGUCGAAUUGGCUAGAAUCGCUGGGGUUCCCACCUGUUCUGUAUCAAGAGCCUCCCUCUUUAAAUGGUGCAACUGCAUGCGUUGAUUCCAUGGCUUCUCUUGGUCAGAGCGGGAGGCUUAGUAAUUGGGACUCGGCCAUGGACUUAGCAGGAAGUAGUAGAGGCUCCGGUCCCUUUUUGGCCUCCCAAACUCAGGCUAUGAUGAACAUCUCGGCUGGUUGGAACAACAUUCCUUUUGUAGACCUUCUGGCUUUGACGAGUGGGGCUUCUGUGGCUUCUUCCUCCAGUGUAUGUGCCAAUCUCCAAGGAAGCCAUAAUGCAGCGAGUAACCACUCAUUCUUCCCUGUCUUUCACUGUGCAAGCAAUUAUAAUGCGAACCACGAUCGGACACUCAACGCCGAGUUCUGGAAUAACAGCAACUCCCAAUCUGAGCAUCAGAAUGGAUUACCAGUUCAUCGUCACAGUUAUGAUCUUAAUUCACCACCCAACACAAUUGCUGACUGUCUCUUUGAGGGGGCUGUGUCCACACAGUUUGCACCAGUGACACCAGACAAGGGGCAGAUAAUUCAGGACCAGCUUUAUGAAAGACCAAAUUCUUCAGUAGGUGAGACAUCUUACAGGGAAGAGGAUAAGCAGAAGGUUUUGACUGAUCCCAAUGAGAACGAAGUUAUUGAGCUCGACAGUGGGGGAUGCACACAGCCCAUGACUUGCAUGAAUGAGGUUACAGAGCUUCAAACUGAACUCUCACAUCCUCUAGUGGACACAUCUGCUGCUACUGUUUCAGCUACAUUAAUUGAGAAGGAAGGGAACCAUAGCAUUGAUCUAAACAAGACACCACCACAGCAAAAGUCAAGGAGGAAGAAGCAUAGGCCAAAAGUCAUUGUAGAAGGGAAACCCAAAAGGACCCCAAAGCAAGUGAAUCCGAAGCAGGCAAGUGACAAACAGAACCCACCAGUGAAGAGGAAGUAUGUGAGGAAGAAAAACCUCAAUGCCUCAGAAACUCCAUCAAUACAGGUAGGGGAGACAAUAGAUCCAUCACCCAAUUCCACCGUAAAAUCAUGUAAGCGGGUGCUGAAUUUCAACUUGGAAGACCAAACAAACGAGGAACACCCGCACACAUCACUCGAUAACAAUAACCAGGAGGGGUUUCUGUACAACAGUGUCGAAAGCUCAUCUUUAAGGUGGAUAGUUAAUUUGAAUUCAAAAUCUCAGGCCCAGGACUUGAGCAAUGGAAUUGAUGGUGGUUCUGGAACAAAAUCAACUGUGCAGCUUGGGCAAGGCGUUGAAGUGACAGUAAACAACACAUCAGCUGGGCUUGCUUAUGACCUUAACUGUUCCUUGAACCAGGUAAUCAAAGACUACAUUUCCUUGCCUGAAACAACAGACUCUGCUCCACAAUCCACAAAGAGAGACCCACCAACAGAGAAUUCACAUUGCAUCCCAGAGAAAAUAAAUGACAUGGAGAAACCAUGUUCCAGCCUAAACAAUGGAGAAAGAGCUACUCUUGUCAACAAUGAAAAAACUAUGCAAUCAUUUUUGCAGUGUGACUCACAACCUAUGUCAAUUGGUCAAAAUCAUCCCAAUAGCAAUCUGUGUGUACCAUUUGUUGAGAAAGAGCAAGCAAGGGGAACAAAAAGACAGUAUUCUCAUACAAUUGACAAGACACAUGCGCAGACCAUGAAUAUGAGGGGAGGAAUCCAACACAAUUCUUUGCAGGCUUACCAGGAGCUGCCUCAAGGGAGUGGUUACCACAGAAACAGAAACAAUCUGGGCCUAAGUUUUCCAGAAAUUUGCAAGAGGAGGAGGACUGAGAAGGCCCAACAUAUCACUCCUUGCAGUUCAUCUCCUACAGCAGCAUUCAGAGUUCGUUGGGGCCAAGAAUUGCAGCGUUACCCUGGAAGAGCACACACUCAGUUCAAUGAUAUGCUUGGAACAAAGGGACCAAAAAACAGGAUCAGUAAUUCUGUACAAGAUAUGUAUGCUCAUUCUAUGCAGACGGAAAAUUGCCCGGCCCAAGAUAGUACCAUUGAUCCAAUUUCAUUCAACAGGACAACCUUUGCUGAAUUACAAACUUCUGGCUUCAUGAUCAACUUUGGCCUCACAGAAAGGAUGACAAAGAAGAGAUCCAAGGGAUCUACACGGGUUCGGGACUUGGCCUCCCUAACUGCAAUACCGCAGUGUACCCAAUUGCCAUCAAAGCCUCUGAAAACAAUACCAACAACAGGUGACAGGCAGGGAACAGAUAUUGUUCAUAGACCUCCAGCUUGUCUAGAAGCCCUUGUUCCAGAAAACCAUGCAAAGAAAAAGAGGACAAGAAAAGGAACCCCAGCCACAUUAAGAGGUCGGUCAAAAGUAACACAGCCAAAUAUUGUUCCCAUAGAUGAGAUUGUUCAGAGAUUGAAGCACCUAAACAUCAAUGGACAAACUAACAGAAUCCCACACCCGGAGCAAAAUGCAUUGGUUCCUUACAAUGGCAAUGGCACAAUGGUUCCUUACAAUGGCAAUGGCACAAUGGUUCCUUAUGAAGGGUUGUUUGAUCCUAUAAGACGAAGGAAGCCAAGGGCCAAAGUUGACCUUGACCCAGAGACAGAUAGAGUUUGGAAGCUUCUGAUGGGGAAGCCAAUCAGCGAAGGGAUGGAACAGACGAACGAGAACAAGGAGAAAUGGUGGGAAGAAGAACGGAGAGUAUUCCGGGGACGGGCAGACUCAUUCAUUGCCCGCAUGCAUCUUGUCCAAGGGGAUAGACGCUUCUCAAAGUGGAAAGGAUCGGUUGUGGACUCUGUGGUAGGGGUCUUCCUUACCCAGAAUGUAUCUGACCAUCUAUCCAGCUCUGCCUUCAUGUCCCUUGCUGCAAGAUUUCCUCUCCAGUCAAAGUGCAAUAAGCAAGCAUGCGGUAAAGAAGGAAUAACCGCAUCACUCGAAGAGCUAGAGGUGUGCAUGCUAGACACAGAAGACACCACCAAAUGGCAUGAAAAUAUGCCAAAUCAGCUAGUCUGUGACCAGAGCUCUAUGACGUUCCAUGAAGCCGGACGCUUUGAAGAACAGGAAGUGGCUAACAGCAAUGAAUCAUUUGGGAGCAAUUUGGGAGAUGGAAGCUACACUGACACUUCAAGAGGCAAGGAGUUGCCUGUUUGCAGAAGCAGUCCAGGGAUGUCCCAUGAUUUGCUCCCAAACAUAACAGAGAGCCUGACCAAGAAUAUAGGAAUGGUUAAUUUUAUACAGGAGGAUAGAAAAGCACUUGAAGAUGCAGUUUCAUCUCAAAAUUCUACAGAGUCUUCUACUUUCCAGAUCACUGAAAGGAAUGGAUCAUGCUCAGACUCCAACUCAGAAGCAGAAGAUCUGGUAACACAGAGUCCAUCUAAAUCAUCAUCAGAUGGUCUUGAUCGUUGCACUUUUAUGGAGCUACUACAGAUGGAAAGGAACGUCAUGUUGCAGGAGGAAUUUUGCGAUUGUCGAAGUGGGAGCUCUUCCUUUAACCAGAGCCCGAAUGGUGAACAGAACCAAUCAAAAGGUAUGGACUCUGACAAGCAUAGGUCAAGCACGGUCAGGAUAGACUGCUUAAAAGACUCAUCUGCACACAUCUAUCCAUCCAGUUCACAUCUGCCCCAUACACAAUUGCAUAUCACCCAUUCCAGUACAUACAGUUUGCAUGUUACCCCCAACUCAGGAGUACUGCAACGCCCAGAGAUGUUAGGAGAAGAAAGCAGUUCUCCCUUGCCUUCAAGUGCUUCAGAAAUCACCAAUACAAGACAUGCCAAUUCCAUUAGCAAACAAGAUGCACUUGUGCGAGAGUGUGCAAGUCCAACUACAGUUCAAAAGGCACUAUCAAGUGCUCAAGCAAAACCACCAGCAGGUAGUGAAUCUCUAAACAAGCACCAGACUCAGACAUUGGAUAGUGUGCAACUGGAAACUUAUAGUGAGAGGAACCCAGAAUCCUUAAAUCAUCAACAGAGAGAUAGGAUUGAGGCAUUCCAGUCAGAAAACACUAUACUUGGAAAACCUACAAACCCUGCUCAUAAACUGGCUGAAAGGCAAAACAGUGGAAUGCACCAAGUAUCAAGUUCACUGAAUUUUUCUGAAGUCUUAGAUGCGGAAAGGGAAUGUCUAGCAGAACAAGAAAAACGCAGAGAGGACGAGUUGAUUCAAUCAAACUUGAAAAAGCAAGUUAACGUUUCUGAUGACUCAGCCACUGGCAGUACAAAGAAUUUGAAAGCAAAAAAGGAGGCAGCAAAAAAGAAAGAAUUUGAUUGGGAUAGUUUAAGAAAGCAAGCUUAUGCAAAUGGUGGGAAAAAAGAAAGAAGUAGUAAUACAAUGGACUCACUGGACUGGGAAGCAGUGAGAUGUGCAAAUGUUAAUGAGAUUGCUAGUGCCAUCAAAGAACGAGGAAUGAACAAUAUGCUUGCCGAGAGAAUCAAGGAUUUCCUCAAUCGACUUGUUAGGGAACAUGGAAGCAUUGAUCUUGAAUGGUUGAGGGAUGUUCCACCCGACCAAGUAAAGGAAUAUCUGCUAAGCGUAAGGGGAUUGGGCCUGAAAAGUGUGGAAUGUGUGCGGCUUCUGACACUUCAUCAACUUGCUUUUCCAGUUGACACAAAUGUUGGCCGCAUAGCCGUAAGACUGGGAUGGGUGCCACUACAACCUCUGCCAGAGUCACUUCAAUUGCAUCUUCUAGAAAUGUACCCAGUGCAGGAGUCAAUUCAGAAAUAUCUUUGGCCACGGCUCUGCAAACUAGAUCAACGGACACUGUAUGAAUUGCAUUAUCAGAUGAUUACAUUUGGAAAGGUUUUCUGUACAAAAAACAAGCCAAAUUGCAAUGCAUGUCCAAUGAGAGGAGAGUGCAAACACUUUGCAAGUGCAUUUGCAAGUGCAAGAUUUGCCCUGCCAGCUCCAGAGGAGAAGAGUAUAGUAUGUUCAACUGUUCCAGUUGUAGCGGAGCACAACCCAACUUUGGGUAUCAACACAAUGCUACUGCCUCUACCCGAGGCAACAGAGGCAAACUCACUAGUGGCAGCACCAGAAAAUAAGGAGCAUAAAAAAAGCUGUGAACCUAUUGUCGAAAUCCCAGCAUCACCAGAGCCUGAAUGCACAGAAAUAUCACAAAAUGAUAUCGAAGACAUUCUUGAUGAUGAUCCUGACGAAAUCCCAACAAUCAAGCUUAAUAUUGAAGAGUUCACAACGAACUUAGAGAAUUUAUUGAAUGCGUACGGCAUGGAACUUCAAGAGGGAGGCAUGUCUCAAGCUUUAGUUGCCUUGACUCCAGAAGCUACUUCUAUCCCUGUGCCAAAGCUGAAGAAUGUGAGCAGGCUACGGACUGAGCACCAAGUUUAUGAACUCCCUGAUUCACAUCCACUUCUGAAAGGGCUGGACAAGCGAGAACCAGAUGAUCCAUGUUCAUACCUCCUUGCUAUAUGGACCCCAGGUGAAACAGCGGAAUCAAUCCAACCACCAAAAAGCAGUUGUGGUGCUCAAGAAUCAGGCAACCUAUGCAAUGAGAAGACAUGCUUUUCAUGCAGCAGUAUACGAGAAGCAAAUUCCCAAACAGUCCGAGGGACUAUUUUGAUACCAUGUCGAACAGCAAUGAGAGGUAGCUUUCCACUCAAUGGCACAUACUUUCAAGUAAACGAGGUAUUUGCUGAUCAUGAUUCGAGUAUUAACCCAAUUGAUGUUCCAAGGGCAUGGUUAUGGAAUCUAGCAAGAAGGACUGUUUACUUUGGUACUUCCAUACCAUCGAUAUUUAAAGGUCUAACAACAGAAGGAAUUCAACACUGCUUCUGGAGAGGAUUUGUCUGUGUAAGGGGGUUUGACCAGAAAACCCGUGCGCCACGUCCACUAAUGGCCAGACUGCAUUUUCCAGCAAGCAAGUUGGCCAGGACAAAGACAUGAGGAUAUGAAGAGUAGGCCAUGUGCAGAUUAUAAAGCCAAUACAAAAAUCCUAGCUAGCAUCUGUCCGUUUGAAGAGCACAUCGUUGACCAAACAUAUAACUGUACAUUUAAUGUCACCUCCUCUACCAUGAGGCCAGUCAUCAGCAGGGACCAAUGCAAGUCAAUUUGGAAAGAAAAGAUUGAUGGGUCAAGUUAAAUUUGUAAAAUCCCAUGUUAAGUGGGCUUGUAGUUGUACAUGAUUAACAUUAUGAUGAUUAUUUCAUUCCAUAUGCUCGAAAUCGAGCCAUUCUUCUUAAAGCAGCCAAUGUCAACAAAAAUAAAGAUCGAAUAUAUUUUUCAACUUGUUUCA